GUCACCCCUCAGGAAUCAGCUCAUCGAUCUCCUCCCCUGCACCAUGAAAAGUAACCCUUCCCAGAGGUUACGCUUUAACAGUGCUGGCUGACAUUGAGUGCCAAAUUAGUGCCAGAUAUCUUUUAAGUAUUUGGCGAGUGUCAGCUCAUUCAGUCCUCCCUGAGGUGGGGACGAAGUCACUUGCUCACAUUCCUGCUGCUGGUGACGGGUGAAGGUGGGACCCUCAGUGAGGCGGGCCUGAGAACCCGUUCUCCCAGCUGCUGCCUCUCUCUGAUCCCUGCCUAUUUUUUCAUAGCAGUUAUAAACACCUGUUGCAGGAAUGAAUAAAGUGAGGUGACAUGUAAAAUGUCCGGCCUGGCAUGAAGGCAGAAAAUGUUGAACGAAUGGUUCUUACUCCCUGGCAGCCUCGAGGAGCUAAGGGCCCUCAAAGGGAAGCGUUUUCUUCUGGAUCCCUUGUUGCCAGAGCUGCUUGUGUUUCCUGUCCAGACCGAUCUGCACCAACAUCCACUGUACCAAGCCGGUCACCUCAUUCUACAAGACAAGGCCAGCUGUCUGCCUGCCAUGCUGCUGGCUCCGCCCCCGGGCGCCCACGUCAUCGAUGCAUGUGCUGCCCCUGGCAAUAAAGCCAGUCACUUGGCUGCUCUUCUGAAGAACUAGGGGUGAGUGCCACGGUCAUUCAGGAAGGGGAUAGGGUCUGAUCCUGUACUUUGUAAGAAGAAAUGAACUCUAUUCUAGUGGAUUGGUGAAGGCUGAAAGGAAGAUUUUCCUUAAACAUUUCCUCUGGGCCUGGGGCAGCUUGUGCCACGGCCCCAAACUAAGCUUCCCUGUGGGUCGCAGGUGUGAGAUGUGAAUCCCGUAGCCCUUGGAGCAGAGGCUCCAGGCCAGGUACCUCUAACCACUGACCCUCACAGGCCAGGUGACUAUUUUCUGUGUCUUGACUUAAUGUACACGUCAUCUAUGAGCUGUGGGCCCUUAGAUGCUCCAUGAAUUCUCUGUGCCUCAAGUCUGCCCUCUUCCCCAGGAAGAUCUUUGCCUUUGACCUGGAUGCGAAGCGGGUGGCGUCUAUGGCUACUCUGCUGGCCCGGGCUGGAGUCUCUUGCUGUGAGCUAGCUGAGAAGGACUUCUUGGCAGUUUUACCCUCAGACCAGCGCUAUUGUCAGGUCCAGUACAUCCUGCUGGAUCCUUCCUGCAGUGGCUCUGGUAUGCUGAGCAGACAGCUGGAGGAGCCCGGGGCAGGCACCCCCAGCCAGGAACGCUUGCGUGCCCUGGCAGGGUUCCAGCAGCGAGCUCUGUGCCACGCGCUCACCUUCCCCUCCCUGCAGCGCCUUGUCUACUCCACGUGUUCCCUUUGCCAAGAGAAUGAAGAUGUGGUACAAGAGGCCUUGCAGCAGAGCCCGGGAACCUUCAGGCUGGCUCCUGCCCUCCCCUCCUGGCCCCAUCGAGGCCUUAGCACUUUCCCCGGUGCCGAGCACUGCCUGCGGGCCUCUCCUGAGACCACGCUCACUGGUGGCUUCUUCAUUGCUGUUCUUGAACGGGUAGACGUGCUGAGCUCAGUCUCAGAGUCUGAGGCACUGGCUCCAGAACUUCCACCCAGUCCAGCCCCAAAGAGAAAGAAGAGGCGGUGAAAAGCAGCGGUGGCUCCGAGCACACCACCCUGCACUUAGCAGGUGCUCAGAGCCGAGUCUUUGUGGGGAGGGAAGAUGCCACUUCUCCCCUCAGUUUAACCUUGGGUCCUUGGUCCCAGGCAGCACUUUUGUUUUGAAAGGGUGUGUCCUUUUUAUUGGUACAGGAAGGAACUGGUAACCCUGUUUCUCCAGAUGGAAAGACAUGGAUUUCUUUGUCUGUUGGGUCCCUUCCCUGGGUCAUAUUCAUGCUACUGAGAGAAUUCUGCUGUCCACAAAAAUAAAA